GCUCCGGCAGGGGCCAUGGACGCCAAACUAACGGCGGCCACAGGCUGCGGCGAAUGCCGGGGGCCGAAGGGCCUACUGAAUGAGGACGACACUGCCACAAGGGUGGUUGUGAUUGCGUCGAACAUGCAUCCCCUGCUUUUAGCAGCCGCAUGCAAAGGCAAUUCGGAAGAACUGAAUUUUCUUCUCAACAGAGAAGACGCCUCGGGUCAGCGGGCUACUGCUGACAUCGAAGAAGGCGCUCACGUGCCAUCACCGUCUGUAGAGCCGCUUCUGGAGGGUGUCACCGUGGAGGGUGACACCGCGUUACAUGUGGUGGCCGCCUGCGGAGAAGACAUGGAAUUCUUGAAGUGUGCUGACCUUAUCUACGGCAAGGACAAGACCUUCCUGUUCAAGCAAAAUAACAAGAGUGACACGGCCUUCCAUUGUGCUGCCAGGGCUGGGAAAUCUCAAAUGGUCUCUCAUCUUAUUGGUCUAGCUAGACGUGAACAAGGCGGUGAUAAGAUAGUGCAAGACCUCCUGAGGAAGGAGAAUAAGAGUAAGGAGACGGCCUUGCACGAGGCUGUCCGCAUUGGGAAUGAUCAUCUCGUUAAACUGCUACUGUUGGCUGAUUCAAAAUUGGCUACGUUUCCUAAAGAAGGCAUGUCACCCUUGUACCUCGCCAUCCUGCUGGAGAAGGACGCCAUUGCACGAAUACUACAUGAUAUGAGUGAAGAUAAUGUUCUCUCGUAUUCUGGACCAUGUGGGCAAAAUGCGUUGCAUGCUGCGGUUCUUCGACAGACAGGAAUGAUAAAAGAUCUAUUGGAAUGGAACGAGAGCCUUACCACACAAGCUGACAUUAACGGAAGCACUCCUCUUCACUUUAUAUCAUCUCAGACAGAGCACGACGCCCCUUGGUUUAGUUAUAUGCCAGAUAAGUACGUAGAGGAGGUAUUCAAAGCUAACAAAGCACCACUUUAUCAGCCUGAUAACUGCGGAUUGUUCCCUUUACACGUCGCUGCGUCUGUUGGACCGAAAGAGACCAUUGCCAUUUUUCUCAAGGACUGUCCAGGUAGUGCUGGUUUGCGUGACACAACGGGAAGAACAUUCCUUCACGUUGCAGUUGCGAAAAGCAGAAUGUCCAUAGUUAAAUUUGCUUGCCAAACUCCAUCACUAGCUUGGAUUUUGAAUAUGCAAGACAAUGACGGGAACACUGCAUUGCACCUGGCUGUCCAGGAUGGGAGUCUUCGAAUGUUUUGUGCUCUAUUUGGGAAUCGGCAAGUAGACUUGAAUUUAACUAAUGCAAUAGGGCAAACUCCUCUAGAUAUAUCACGAUGUAAGAUUCCCUUAGGAAUGCAUUACCAUCAGAACAUUGAACUAUUGAUUCACAAUGCACUCAAACUUGGUGGCGCUAGGUAUGGUUGUUGUCGAUGGGAUCACUUUGAAGGAAAGCAUAUUAACCCAGAAGGACUUGAUUAUAAAAGCAAAGAAUUGGAGAAGUUGAAAGAUUCAACACAAACUCUGUGUAUUGGCUCAGUUCUAAUAGCAACGGUAACAUUUGGUGCAACUUUUGCCAUUCCUGGUGGUUACAAAGCCGAUGAUCACACUAAUGGAGGCACAGCAACACUUGCGGGGAGCAAGUGCAAGGAACCACCACCAUCAUUGACAUGGAGGGGCACCGGAUCUCGGCCGCCCGUUUUCUCAAUGAACAGGCCAGAUCAUCCGCUACAGUACCUCAGCUACAGUAAUUUCGGUGCAGUGUUCCGAGUGGGACUUCGCCGGCCGAUUUCGAUCCUGUGCACGUUGUGGCUACUGCUUAAGUUGCAAUAGCAGUUACAACUGCAUAGAAACCCGGUCCAUAAAAUGUAUGGUGAUGGAAGGUUCUUGAAAUGACUCGGUUUUUUGCAUGUCAGGAUCGAGGUCAGAACAUGCCUAGUACUGUGCCUUCAUGUGGUCAAUACUCUAUUAUGUUUCUUCAGGAAGCUCUCUGUAUUUUGAAGUGUGCUCUUUUUAUAUAUGGUCAAUGUAUUUGCUUACAAUUGCCUUGUAUUGUUCAAAUGACGCUUCUGAUUUGUUUAAAGCUUGAAUGAAAUAUGCCAAUUUGCUUUUAUCUAA